GCUGAGCCGCCCGCGCCGCCGGCAGAGGGGCCGGCGCUGCCCCCUCGCCCCCGCCGGGCGGGGCGCUUCUCCCUGCGGGGCGCUGGAGCAGCCGCCGCGGCCCCGCGAUGUGACCAUGGACAGCAGGUUCAAGGAAAAUCCAGAACGUACCUUUGAUUUGGUACUGAAAGUAAAAUGCCAAGCAUCUGAAAAUGAAGAUCCAGUGGUACUGUGGAAGUUCCCGGAGGACUUUGGAGACCAGGAAGUGCUGAACAGCGUUCCAAAGUUCUGCUUUCCUUUUGACAUUGAAAGGGUGGCCCAGAACCAAGUAGGACAGCAUUUUACCUUCGUGCUCACCGACAUUGAAAGUAAGCAAAGGUUUGGAUUUUGCCGUUUGACAUCAGGUGGCAAGGUCUGCCUCUGUAUUCUAAGUUACCUACCAUGGUUUGAAGUAUACUACAAGCUCCUAAAUACCUUGGCAGAUUAUUUGUCUAAAGAACAGGAAAAUGACUCAAAUGAUUUGUUAAAAUCAUUGUAUAGCCAUCCUGUGCCAAAGGCGAAUGCUUUAGUCAGUUUAAGUGUGAACCAAGAAAUGAUUUUUGCAAGUGAGCAAGUUUUGAAAAAACAGCCUUGUCUUGUAUCGCACUCGUAUUUCAUUACUCCUGAUAUAACUGGAUUGCCAACAAUCCCUGAAAGCAGAAACCUCACUGAAUAUUUUGUUGCUGUGGAUGUGAACAACAUGCUGCAACUUUAUGCCAGUAUGUUGCAUGAGAGACGAAUCAUUAUUACCUCUAGCAAACUAAGCACUUUAACUGCUUGUGUUCAUGCGUCAGCUGCAUUAUUAUAUCCAAUGUAUUGGCAACAUAUUUACAUCCCAGUGCUUCCUCCACAUCUUCUGGACUACUGCUGUGCACCGAUGCCUUAUCUAAUUGGUGUCCACUUAAGCUUAAUAGAGAGAGUAAAAAAUAGAUCACUGGAGGAUGUGGUUUUGCUAAAUGUUGACACAAACACUCUAGAAACCCCUUUUAAUGACCUGAAUAACCUACCUGGUGAAGUGGUCUCGGCCUUGAAAAAUAAACUGAAAAAGCAGUCUACAGCUACGGGUGAUGGAGUAGCCAAGGCCUUUCUUCGGGCACAGGCAGCACUGUUUGGAUCCUACAGAGAUGCACUGAGAUACAAACCAGGAGAACCUAUAACCUUCUGUGAGAAUAGUUUUGUGAAGCAUCGUUCCAGUACUACUAAGCAGUUCCUGGAAACUGCUGUUAAUCUUCAACUGUUUAAACAGUUUAUUGAUGGUCGGCUAUCAAAAUUAAAUGCAGGAAGAGGGUUCUCUGAUGUUUUUGAAGAAGAAAUCACAGCCGGAGGCUUUUGUGGAGGAAAUUCAAGAUCUUAUCAGCAGUGGAUGCAUACAGUGAAGAAAGGUGGUGCACUGAUCAACACAGCAAUGACCAAAGCCACUCCGGCUGUGAAAACAGCAUAUAAAUUUGCAAAAAAUCAGGCAAAGCAAGGAAUAAAAGAAGUGAAGAGUAAGUUAAAACACAAGGAGAGUGAAGAAGAGUAUGGAACUUGCAGUGCUAGUGCAGUACAGACUGCUCCUGUCUACACAUUGCAUUAUGAGAAAAGAGCAAACUCGGAAAAACGGAGACUGGCACAGACUCGUUUCAACCAAUGUCUCAGUAACCAGGAUUUUGCCUUGGAUGAUGAUGAUGAUGGUUAUGAAAUGGAGAGAACAAGCAAAUUAUCAUCAGAAGACAGUGAGGAAGCUUCUGCUUACUUUUAUGAUAGUGAUGAUUCUGGUGAAGCUGGAAUAACUCCUCAGCACCAAGGAGAAAUGGACUUGCUUGGCGAGAUUUUGGACACGCUGAGCACACACAGUUCGGAUCAAGGAAAGCUCUCAGGAGCAAAAAGCCUGGAUUUCUUUAGGUCAAUGGAUGACAUUGAUUACAAGACUGCGAACAAGUCAAAUGCACCUAGUGAAAGCAACCUUACCCUGCUCUGCAGCAGUGCUAAUGAUCAAGCAGAGUGGAACCUUGGUCAGGAUGACAGUAUCCUCCAUGGGAAGCAGCUCCCUCCAUCACCAAGGAAACAAAUUUCUUCUGGUGGCCAUAGAGAAUCUCUCUCAAAGCUGGAGGAAGAACGUAGUGACAAAGCCUUUAUUACCAACAAGAUGGACACCACUAGUAUGACAUCCCCAUCUCCAGUACAAUCAAGUGCCCAAUUUGCUUCUCUAGAAAGUUUCAAAGCAGGCUGUUCUUCCUGUAAGUAUGCAAAGCGGAACGAAACACUAACCAAUACCUCAGCAGAUCAGCUCCCAUCAAGUCUUGCUCAACAUCCAUCCAUUCUGGUCCCUUGGGAGAAAGAUGGGAAGGAAGGAAAUGAAACUCCGGAAGAGGGUGGGCUUCUUGAAGAAGUGGUGUCAUUAUGUAAACUGAGUUCUGCUUUUCACUAUGGUUUAAAUAUUUCGAAGGAUAGCUUAUCCAGCAGUAGCAGUGGAAAUAAAAUGUAAGAAAACUAUGAGAAGAGAAACUUGGCUCCCAUCAGAAGUUAAAGGGAGACUACUCAGGACUCCAUGUAACUCCAUAUAACAUGAUAACCAAAAGAUGAACAAGGAAUGAGAUCUUCAAUUAUAAAAAUAAUUCUCUUCAGUUGAGUAUGCAUUUUCUGCCAUUGGGACAUCCGAUUCUGUGUUUACUGAGUUCAUUUGUUGGCUGUAGUUAGGUCCACAAAAUGGAACUAAAUAUAUGAAUGCACUCUUAAAUCAGGUACUAGUUAGUCUCUGUGUUAAAAAUACAGCAGGUAUAUGGUGCUUCCUCUAAGCAGCAGGAAAGGUAUCACCUAACAGGUAACCAGGUGUUGAAGGUACUAUAUUAAUCCCAUUUAGUAUGAAAUGAACCGAGCAAUCUGAUUUGUCAGAAAUGUACAAAUGUUAAUAUUUGUCAUGAAUAAUAAUUGCCUUAAUCUUUUGAGAAGAGGUUUAACUAUCUUAGAAGGUGAAUGCAAAUCUACAAAACAGCAAUAAUGAUUUUCCAUGGCAAGAAUUUGCUUCAGCAAAUGGGAGCAAAAACAAACCUUUUUUUUUAGACUGAGGAAUUUCUUGUGAAUAUUGCUUGGAACUUACUCCAAACUAAAACUGUGGCCCUGUCUUCCAGACUUCGAAAAGGUAGCGCAUGCUUUUCUCUCUUCUGUAAAGUACAUGAAGUGCUGAAAUAUAAUGUGAUGUUUAUUAACUUCUGUUUACAACUAAGACACUUUAAAGACAUAUUAUCUGGUUUCCCUAGGUAGACUAUUUCACCUAAAAAUUUUCAGAAAGGAAAAUGUAAGUGGAAUUGAUAGGUUUUAUAAAGUUUAAUAGUGAUUGAAAACUGAUUUGUGCCUCUUCGGAACUAUUUUCUUUCAAUUUUUAGUAGCUACCUUUUUGAAGGUAGAUUGAAUUACUGUUGCUUAGAAGUCCUAUUUAUUUAAAUUGUUAGAGUAAUGACUGAAAAUUACUUGUAACACUAGAAAACUAAAAUUACAGAUUCAGCUUGAGACUGCAUAUAACCAACUCUCAUUUUAGCCAAGUUGAACAAUGAAAAAUUUCUUUCUAGAUUCAGUGAAAGAGAAUAAAUGGGCUUGAUGUAUAUUCUAUUUAGAACAAGCAUUUUUCCUCCUCCUGGCAGUGUUCCUGAGGAAUAUUUAGAUAUUUAAAGUCUGAAAAUUCUUGCUGCUAAAUGGAGCAUCUCUUUCCUUUUUUUUUUUUUUUUUUUUUUUUUAACUUUUUAUAUUUUCCUGUGCUUUUCUUUUUCCACCUCUCCACUUUACCAUACUUACAUUGUCCUCCACUAUAGCUCAGGACAGAAAGUCAUGAAGUAAGUUUCUGCAGAUUGGAAUUGUCAACUUUGAAGGAUAUUUGUGAUGCAGUUGGUAGAAGUAACACGUGGGUAUAAAAUGAACUGUGCCUAAGAAUGCUCUCCUGCUCUUCUAAACUCAUGUCAGAAACCUUUUUUCUUUCUUUCUCUUUUUGGCAUGAAUAGUUAGUCUUAAUCUCGGUAUAGGACCGAGUGAGCAUAUUUAUGAGGUCAGUAUUUGGAUCAGAUUGUGCUUUUUUAGUAGUUUGUAGCAAAGUUUAAUAUCAGUUGCUACACUCCGGUUUAUGAAUUAAUUUUCCUUCUAGAUAACACAAGUGGAAAUGGGUUUUUCGGUUGCUUUAUUACAAGGCAGCUGACCUAAGAGAAUGUAUCCAUAUCAUUACAGAGGCAAUGUUUGAUGCUUUACCAAAGAGAUGCAGUAGAGUGAGACCUUGGCUUUGUUAAUGCAAAAGUUUCAGUUUGUUCCAGAUUGAGAGUGGCUGGGCCAGUACUUAUCAUUGACGAUGAGCCUUCAGAAUUAUUUUUUUAGUAAGUGCAAUAGAGAUAAAAGGUUGUAAAAGUGCAAAUCUUACAGACAUGAACAUUCCUGAGGGCAUCUGCAAUCUGUGUUGCUGGGGAAUCUCAGUAUUCCAGAGUUAGAGGUUGUAUGGCCGGAGGUCUGUACUCCAAAGUAUUUAUUUAUCCUUUGGUUUCCUCUUGUGUAUCAGCAUGGUAUAUUGUGGAAUUUGUUUUAUAACAUAGAAAUGUUAUUUGGCAAAACAUUUUGCAGUAUUAAAAACCAAAAGUAUCAUAAAAAUUACUUAAAAUCUUCACUCUAAACUUUCCAGGUGGGUCAGACCAGCUGACUCAGAUGCUGUUCAGGUGAGAAAGUUGCAGAGCAACCUUAUGGAUACUUGUUUGGAGGUGGUAUUAAUGACUCUGUGGAGGGCAUUCUUCUCCUUUGCUGGUACUAAACAUUACCCGAAUGUAGUGCUGCUGAGUGUGUCUAAGAGAAGACUGGCAACACAAAGGUUUUUGUUCUUGUAGUGCUUCUCACUCGUUCUCAUUCAAGCCCUUGCAUUUUGUUGAGAAUUUCAAGAUUCACCUUUUCUUUUCCUCUGCAUCUGACAGUGUUUCUGUCCAUACUUCCAUCUAAGAUGAUGUUUUGUUUUUUUCAUUUAUUAAAGAUAAUAAACAGUAUUAAUGUCUUAAGGAGGAAAACAGAAAAUUCAGAAGUUAUGGCCGCCAUUACUUUCAAAACCACCAAACCCAUAAGUUCAGGAAUGCUGCCAGAAAAAUGGUUUACAAAAAUGCCUUUCUGAUAGAAUAAAUCUUACUGGCUUUACAUGAGAGUCGGGUACUGAACUCCUGUUAUCAUAUAGAUUGUCCCAUUCUCACCUUUGUGGAAAAAAUACGGAAGCCAUGUGAGGCUGCUGAUAUUCUUAUAGCUGGUACAAGGAUCAUAAAGUUGAAAGUUUGGUAGUAGACUCUUUCAAAAUCGAGGCGUUGUAAUAAUCCACUGUUUCAUUGAGUGAAAAUGCAGGCUGAGAAGAAGUAAACAUGAACUAAAAGGUGGCAGGUAAAAUUCAACUUAGAAUUAAUUUUACUUCAGUCAAAUGUUAGUUAUUGUGCUUAUGCCACAUUGUUUCCUUGCUAUUUAUAAGCCCACUGAGUGUUUACAGUAAUUUUUUGGUUUGGAACUUUGUAUGGAUGCAAAAAUAACUCAGUCCUAUAUCUAUGUUGAAUUUAACUUAGGUACAUUUUAAACUCUGUAAUAUUACUGAAUCGUUUCCACUUACUAUCAGUGAUCUUUUAUUUUAAAAGGCUAAUAUUUGUGCCUUAUUUGAACAGAAUUACCAGUUACCAAAUAGAUAAGAGUCCAAACUGAUAUUUCCGGUUCAACACUGUUGUUCUCUGUCCUUGUGAUAAUACAAAACUGUUUAUUGGCUACAUACACAGUAUUUUUAUUACCACAUUAGGUUCUAUAUUAAGAUAAAUUGUCCAGGUCCAGUACUUUUUACAAGUUUUAUACUUGUAUGGUUUUUAUUUGUGGAAAUUCUUCUAGCGUCUUUGAAAAUCAUCAACAUUCAUCACCAGCUACUGGUGAGAACUGAAUUCUGCUCAGUCAGAGGUCCCAUGGUCUUCUUCAGAAGCAUCUCUUUUCAUCAGGAUCUCAAAAAUCUUCCCAUUUCUCCUGUUUAAGGGAGAUACCAGGUUAUUUGAUUAAGCUUUGUAAUCUGUUACUUACACAUAGGAACAGAUUUCUGAUGUAGUAAGUCAAACUAGGACUUGAAUUUAAUAUCUCUGAGUUGUCUUGCAUAGAUGUCUGCCUGAAAUGAGCCGUAUCACUCAUCUGGUUUGGGAGAAAAUAAGUAAGGGCAGUAGAAAGAGAAAGGGAUUCCUGGGUUGUUCCAGUGGGGUGUGGUGAAGCAGAGCCUGGGAGUUCUCAGGAGGGACAAUAACUUUGAGGAAAUCCAGAUUUCAGGGUAUUGUUUAAUGUUCUAGCUCAGUUGUAGUGAUUCCAACCCAGCCAUGUAGGCAAAAGUAAUAUUGCCUAUGGAAUUAAUCCCCUCUGUGAUUUGCAGAAUGGAUAAUAUGUUGUCCUAGUCAAAGCCUUCCCAUCCAUGUGUUUAGAGGUGCAACAUGUGAAAAACUGCAGAUAUUUGGGGAAGGACAGUACUGCGGAUGCAGAGCUGAUCCCUAUCCACCCUCUAUGCAUGCAGAGGGCGGUCUGUGUAGAGUAGGCAGUGGUUUGCUCUUCCAUCCCGCACAUCUAGGCGUCACGUAGCUCCAAAAAAUAGACUUGUUCUGAAGGAAAGAUGUAAUUGUAGAAGUUGUUAUAGAACUUGUUGACUGAACCCUUCAUUGUCAUUUAGCAUUUCAGUGAUACUGCUGCCAUUUGGUUGGGGUCAUCAGAAACUCAGCACUGGCUGAAGUUCCCUCUCAGGCAUUGUAACACAGACUUCAGCUGGAGUUUUAGACACAUGCUGGGUGCUUUUGAAAAUCCCACCAAUCUAUUUGAAGAGUGGUUUAGAUCGCAGAAAUCUGUUUUAGAUGUCUUUUCAGGUCUUAGAAUGAGCUGUUUUACAAUCUUGUGUUCUUGUAAACGAUGUAAAGUCUAGGCAAAAGAACAGUUAAGCUGGGUUUUUAAAACAGCUUCUAUUUCUCAAACUACAAUCAACCUAUCCAGUUCUACAGAACAAUCUUUCAUUGGUGCAGCUGUCUAAUGGAAUUGCUAGGAGCAUCUAAAAAUCUUUUCUCUAUGCAUGUAAUUAAUUGAAGAAACAUUUCAUGCAAUAAUCGAAGUGCCAGCAUGAGGCCCUUUUGCAAACGCACCCCCCUGUGUAAUACUGACUGUCGUACCCAGUCCUGCAGAAAGGAGCCCCGUAACCGCUGACUGCCCUGACUCCGCAGGGAGAGAUCAAGGGUGGUCUUUACUUCCAGGGGAGCUAGCAUCUUCUGUCUUGGCACCAGGCUGUAGUCUAGGUGCUGUGAGACUCCAGCCAGCAUGUUCCCAGCAGCCUGAAAUUUCAGGCUGAACUAAUGUGGCUAAUAAAAGUAUGCCCGAGGCAAGCAGCUUCCUUAUUGCAAAGCUCAGGAUGGUGAAGGCUCUGUUCCCAUAGUAUCACAGUAAGUCUUCAGAGAAUGAAUGUAGAAAUAAAUGCACCAGCAAAAACUGUAUGAAUGGUGAUGUGACUUGUCUUCAGUAACUUCUUUGCUGCUAUUAGAUGUGUAUGUCUUUGCCAAGUGUUGAUUACUUGUUAGCAGAAUCUGGACUGAAUAGAAUGCGUCUUCAUCUUCACCCCAAGAGCAUGGACCACAGCUGGUCUAGAAUUCAUGAUCUUCAGGGUGAUUGAAAAUAAAGGAAAUGAAAAGGGAUAGUAUAGAUUUUUGUGCAAAACCUUCCUUGUUUUGCUUUAUAAUGUCUGUGUUACAGUUUUAGUCAGUGGCCAAUUGAAAGUAUUUGAUAGGUCUUUCCUGGAAGCUGCUAAACUUCUAAAUAGAGUUGCCUGAUGAGUCCACAGCCACCUUAGUCUAGAGGGCCAUCCAUCAUCCAUGCAGUUGGCAGGGCCGCUGCCAUCUUCUGCUGGGUUGGUAUGAAGCAGGUAACACAGUUAGAAGGGACUCCAAGGUUUACUGUUGUAAGGGGUACUCAAAUUAAUUUUUACUAUUACUUAGGUCAAUACUAACAACAUUUGUAUUUAGAGUCCAGUAACAGUAUUAGCAUUUGAAAAAUAAGUUGAAUUCAAGUACGUUAACGUUUGUUAUGACUCUGGGUGAAUUGACAUUCUGUUUCUGUUAAAAAUAAGGGAGCUACUUGGUUGUAGGGAGGAAAUGUGUUGACUUCCAAAUCUUCAGUGAAUUUUGUGCAAUAUUUCUCCUUGUUUCAGAGUAAUUUAGUAGUGCACAUCUGCUUUUCAAGCAGAUCCUUGAAAUGGUAUUUUUCAAAAAUGUGUAAAAUUGCAUGUAGCUAUGAAAUAUGGUUGUAUGAUAAAAACAUGAAGAAUAUAUUCUAAUGAGGCAAAUGUAUAUUUCAAAUGACUGAGAGUGAUUAUGGAUGUCACAUUCUAUGGAAAUAGUAAGGCCUAAGCCAAUAUUCGCAUACCAGUGGUUCUAGGUAAUUCUUAAAACUAUAACAUGGUUCAAUUGAAGUAAGGUUAAAUAUUAGAAUUUAAGAUGUUUAGUUUAUCAUUUAAUCAUUUGUUUGUCAUUGAUAAAAAGAUAAGGAGUUAAGCAUUGCUUUUCGGUACCACCAAUGAGGGGAGAGUUCAUGGUGAUGAGCAUAUGUAUUAAUUUAGUUUGUGACAUCCCUAAUAAUCAUAAGUCAUUACUUAAAAUAUCUACUAAGGUUGCCAGUAUCCUUUUAAUUUUUUGUAAAUUAAUUUCUCUGUAUAUUGAUGUACAUUUUGUUUUAACCUUUGUUUUCUCUUGAGAACUGCUUUAAAUUAAUAUACUUGAAUGAGGCAAUAAAGCACUGUGGAACAGCUAGUCUUGAUGCAGCUUAUGCACAAGCACAUCACGUCUGUUACCUCAUGAUUAUUGAGGAGGAAGAGAAAUUUAAUAUGCUUACAUGUUUAGCCAACUGACAAUUUGUGUUAUUUUUAGAUCUGUGUCAGAUACGAUGAGAAAUGCCUCAACAUGGAACAAAGCAACAUUACGUAUCCCAGUGCUUCUAAUUUUUUUUUUCGGAAUGUUUUUUUAGUCACCUUUGAAAACCAUUCCUGAUAAUGUCCUUGUUGGAGCCUUUAAUACUUACAGGAAAGGCAUGAAGUACAGGAUGUUUUGAGGUUUUAUUGAUCAUUUUAAUAAUUUCAUAGAUUAAAAAAAAAAAAAGGAAAGAAAAAAAAAAAAAAAAACCAAAAACCCCAAACAUUAUUGUCCUAACAGUUUUAAAAAUUUAGUUAGUGACUGACCUUUAAUAAAACUACUCCAUGCUUUUGCACCCUCUGGACUACUGUUCAAAGUCAUCUCAAGAACUGUAAUUCAGACCUUAGACUACUGUCAGUAGUGCACUGUGUAGAUGUAGUAAAUGAGCUGUGAUGUGUGGUGUGUCUUGUUUUUUUCAUUUUCCUUCCAAGUUUGUGGCGUCAGUGGAAAUUUUUGGUGAAUUCCACAUUACCAUUAAGUGCCCAACACUGUACUAUAAAAUAAAACUUAACAAUAUGAAAA